AUGGCUUAUCCGUCAUGUAAUUUAGUGGAGGCGGUCGUUGAUGAAGUUGCUUUGGAAGGCUUAGACGGCAUUACUUUACAAGCAUUGUGGAUGCGAUUAGCAAACAGGUUCAAUGAUUCUCUACCAUAUUCUAAAUCCUUCAUGGAACAGAUAUGGUUAAUAUGCAAGAAAGUGAAGGAUUUUCAGUUUUAUGAAUUGGAGACAUCCCGAGAUGCACUUGUGAUAUUCGAUCGUUAUGAAUAUGUACAUCCUGAUCUUGGUAUUAUACUUGAACCACCAAAUGUUCCACUAGAUAUUUACCCCCAUUGUCCUGUUCAAGAUCUUAAGACAGGUGUAAUGGGAUCUUGUUCCACAUAUUACACAAGAAAAGAUAUCACAAGUAAUGUAAAGAAUACAAGUUUAGACAAGGUGACAGAAAAAUAUGGACGAGGUUUGAUAAUUGUAGCAUCUCAGUGCGUUAGGUCACAAGCUUUGAUGGGUGUUGAAGUAAGUCCAAUAUUGAAACUGAGUAUUAUGCAGUAUUGCUUUUUAGAGAGAGUAGGCCGAUCUCGUUAUCAUGGUGAAGUCACCCAAGGCAAACUCAGCUUAGCUGCGCUUAGACAAGAUCCAAAAACCUUGUUCUACCAUCGAAAGUUUCUACUGCAGCACAAAUUGAUCACAAAGCAAAUACAUCAUCAAAAGAGCUCCGGCCAUUGCAACAGUGGUAGUCUGUUACAUCUACCACGAUUCUAUGUGGAACGAAAGCCAAAAAUGAUUUAUCUAGCGGAACAGGUGCUUGAUAUUUUACGAUUCAAAGACAAUGGCGUGGCUGAGUACGAUGAGAUUAAAAAGAAGCUUGGAAUUGAGAAUUCUAUCAAGAAACUGUUUAGAACUGCCUUUUUUCAAAAAAUCGUAAAGACAGACAUCUGUGUACCAUAUAGAACAUUGUAUCCUAAUGCAGAGCCCAGCGAGUGGCGGCAAAAACAAGAUCCUUCAAAAGAGAAAAAGAUUAGAGCUGUGCAGGUAUUAUAUCCAGAUGUGAAUGUUGCUGAUAUAUGGAACAAAGAAGAGAAAGAAGAUGAUGAAGACCUUGUUGAAUUGGAUAUAUCUAAUCAUUUGGUAAAUGUUCCAUAUCUGAAACAAACAAACGCUAUUAUUGAAGCUAGUCAAGCAGAAGGUAUAUCUCAAGCUCAGUUAGGAAAGGAAAUGGGUCUUACUAAAUUACAAUCUAGAUCAUUUAUGAGAAAUGUGGUAAAAUCGGGUAUUGCUGCAACAUACAUGAAUGAUGUAGGUCGGCAAAGGAUUACAAAAUAUGUUUCAAAGAAAUAUGAAGAAAACAGCAAAAUGAGUAAGCAAUUUAAUAAAGAGGUACAUAAGAUUAAGGAACUCUCCAUGAAAAUAACCAAUAAAACUAAAGAAAAUCUGAAGAAUAAAACGUCCUUGCAAGCAGAAAAUGAAAAGUACCCAGUGAUCCAUGAUCAGACAAGUAAAAACUCCUCUUCUGACCAUCACAUUGAUAAAGUUGAUAAUGUUGAUGCACCAGUUAUUGAUAAAGAUAAGAUUCUUGAUAAAGAGGAAGAUAAAUAUGCAGAUGAAAAUUGUCCCAGAAAGGAAACAGAAUUAAAGAAUUUGUUUUAUGUUGUCAAUAGAAUUCUACACAAGUAUCGUUUGUCAAAAAUUCGAUCUAAAUACAGAUGCACGACGUCGAAAUCUUUAUUAAUGAGGAGAAAAUGUCUUGAUACUAAUGCGAAGAGAGAGAAGGAAAAAGAAAAUUUCGAUAAUUUAAAUACGUCUUUGCAGCAAAUAAUUAAUGAUGCUAAAGCUACGUCAUUUUAUAAUAGUAUAAAAACAAAUUUGAUAAUGCAAAAGCCCAUUCGCACUGCAAAAGGAAUUAGUGAAAUCUUUGGUUUUAUGGAAAUUGUGCAGAAUAGUGAGAAGAGAAACUCUAAUAUUACAUAUAGAUUGUUAAGACGUGCCAAUCUGAUAAUCGAGGCAGUGAAAGAAAAUCAAGUGAUUGAUGAUACCGCGAAACUCAUGAAGCUGAUUUGCGAGGAAGAAGAUAAAGAGGGUUACGAUGUGAAGAUUGACAAGAAGUCUCUCAUCAGACUGUUACAGAAACUUGCUAAAGAUAACCUGGUGAAGAACAUCAAGUUGACCUUGAGUGCAAAUGGACGUGAAAAGAAUUUAACAUUUAUUUGCGAUCCUAACAUUGACACUAAUCAUACUGUAAUUAAGUCAGCUGUUGAGCAAGCAAAGGUCAAGUUUUGCUUAUUAGCGUCUCAAAGGAGAGUGCAGGUGAAGAAGACAGAUAAGCAAGAGAAAACAGACAAGUCACCUAAGGAGCAAUUGCAACUCAAUAAGGCAGCGACUAAAUCAUCUUCCAUAAACUACAAGUACGAUGCCAAAGCUGGUAGACGUUACGGUUUUAGUCCGAAAUUUGUUAGGAUGCGAACAAUGCAUAUUCUGCUCUUCUAUCUGGUUUACGAUCAUCCUGGUAUACCGAUAUUAUCUCAGGAAAAGCAGGUAGAAAUGCUCAGGUCUAAUGGAUACGAAAUCAGCGACGAUCUCGUUAAAGAGUUUAGUACCAUUUACAACACCGAAGUAAAUUGGAAGAUGUUUGUUCCACCUUUACCUAAACACAACGGAUGGUCCGAAGGCUGGGCGUUGAUGUGCGAUAUUCUGUUAGGGCUGCCCUUGUCGAUUUUCACCAAGAUACAUAAUAUUACCUUCGUGAUCCCGGAUUUAGAUCGUUAUUUAAAUCAUCCAAUCAGACAACAUUACCUCGUCAAAAACCUUCCGGUUACCAUACGCAAUAGUUUGUUACAUGCACGGAAGUAUAUAUUUAAUAUCCAUGACACUAUCACCAGAUUAUGCUACCUUGGUCUAGUGCAGUUUGGUCCACAACGACUGAAAGACAAAGAUCAAGUGUUCAUCUACAUUAACCGACGCACAGAACUGAUGGACACGACGUCUUCGGCACCGGGCUAUCAUAAGAUCGAAGAUAAGACGUAUCCAGCGACUAAGUACUUCUUCGAUCGCACGCGGGCCGUUGAAAAAUAUUGGUAUGAAAUGUGGACUAUUUGUGUUAAUACUCUACUUGGCGGUAGGCUGGUGGUACAUGGCAAGGAUAUCCUACUUGAGGAUUUAAGUAAAAAGGCUGCUAUGAUCGAAGCAGUUGCAGCAUGCAAUCCUAAAGAGGCCGUAGAAAGAGAUGUCGGUGUAGUUCCCGGAGAUCAUAAAGGAGCGGCUGGUACUGAUUCAGCUCUCUUUGCUCAUUUGAAACGCAAUUGGAAUUGGUCAAGCAAUAGUUAUAAACAUCCCCAGCAAACUUCUAAGAUUCAGAGAAAAUCCAGUACAGGCCAACGGGAUUUGCAUCUAUCGAAAAUUCAAGUAAAACCAGUUAAGUAUACAGAGUAUGAUGGUUUGAAGAAGAUUUCGGGACCACCGCCACCGUCUGCCGUCAGCGCGAUCGAAUUGCGAAAGAAGGUACAGGAUCAUCUCAACCUUGCUGGACGGAAGUACGAGGCUCUACCGUCGUCGCAUCAAUCCAGAAGGCAGAAAUCCUUUGUGCGGCAUGUAGUGCCGCGCAAGAAAAGUGCACGGGUCAAAUUCGACGAGGACGAUUAUCAGGCAAUGCAGCGGAUGAAUAAGCUGCGAGUGGAAUGGGACACUCACGAAGACAACAUAUUGCUAGUGUGCAAAGUAGCAUCGACUUACUUGUCGCCAAAUCCACGCAAGCAGAUGGUCAGUUUCAUAACGGUUCGAGAUGUAUUGCGAACAUACUCUUACAGCUCGUACAAUAAGACUUCGCGCGCCUGCCAGCGUAGGUUGAUGUAUAUGUUACGACAACCACGCACGGUGAACAGCGUUGCGUUGGGCAUCGAGGAAGUUAAACAGGAUCCGUUUGUCGAUAAACGAUACGGCGGUGCGAUAGACAGAUUAAAGAGCGAGUGUUCAAGUUCAGCAGAGUAUGAGAAGCGAAUAAUAGAGAUUUUUAAAGAGGUUGUAGAUUAUAUCAUGAAAAAGUAUUACGAUAUUGCAGAGAUUAAACCAAAAAAGCAUAUGGCGAUGCCAAAGACAGUGCAAGAAUUUAAUCUUUUCUUCGAAGUGGUCCAUCCAACGAAGCCACAUUAUAAUAAGGGUUUUACGAAGGAUGUGCGAAGCAUCACUGACAUUCAUUCGGCGAUUAUUAAUUCUGUUAUACACAGUUCCAUGUGCUGUGGGAAGGAUAGGCGUUCCUGGGCCUACCAACUCUUUUGGGUGUAUCAACACUAUUCGGACGCCCUUCUAAAGCAAGCAUUGAAUAAGGUCAAAUCGGAUCAAAUGGUGACUGUAAAAAAACAUCACUUGGCAACUAUUAAGAAAUAUGGCAACUAUAUGCCGUUGAGCAGCUCACAGUAUCAACUAAGCAUUAACUAUAUUCAUAGGUUUCAAACUAAAUGGACUUAUGAUGUUUUUAAAGAAUCUUACAAUGUCUUUACGAAAUUACUGCAGUGGUAUUCGGAGCAAAAAAACAUUGUCCCCUCACAGGAACAAGAAACAUUUAACGGUGUUGAGAUUCCAGUUUCUAGUGGCAUUGUCGCUGCUAUGCAUGAUCUUUUAGCAAACAAUCAAAUUGACUUCGACAUUGAGAUGCCGGAUCAAAUUAUUAUGUUAGAUGCAAGAUAUCAAGGUAAAGAUGAGACUUAUUUCAGAGCUGCCCAAAGAUACCAAGAUAUUUUAACAAGACUUUACCGUUUUAAUCUUGAGAGUUUUGAAGACGACGAUCAGAAUACUGAAAUUUCUGGAGUUGGAACUUCUCAUAAAACACAAAAAAAUUCUUUGAAGAGGAGGAGAUCCGUCGAGAACGACAAUUUUGAAGAACGAACAUCGAAGAUCUUUUGUAAAAACGAAGAAAGUAAUAAAAGAAAACAAGAAAACCAAUAUGAGAAAACUGAAGAUACAUCACUUGACAAGAAGCGAUUACUUGAUAAAAGUAACAAACACAAAGAGACGAAUCCGAAGGAUCGUUCUAAUGAGCAAAGUAAGAAGAAAACGCGUGCAAAUCGUUCUUCAAGAAAGAGAUCUAAUAUUGAGGAAGAUUCUACAGACUGCGAAGAGCAGUCGUCGAAGAGAAGAAGAUUAAACUCUCUUUCCGAAGAUUCGAUAGAUUUCGAGGACUUAGAAGAAAACGAGGAAUCAAAGAUGCUUGAAGAAGAAUUAUGUGAAGAUUUUGGAAGCAUCGACAACAUAUUUUUCAAUAGCUCCAAAUCUCUUAAAUCGAUGAAUGAAUUAAAGGAGCAGAUGAAGGAUGAAGAUUCUUUGAUACAGCCAAACAAUAUGACCGAUAUAACUCGGAUUUCUCGACGUGUUAGUGAGAUUAUCAAGAACAUAUCGCCUAAGAUGAAUUACUUCAGUUCUUGCAACAAGAUAGAGGCUACAAAUGACGUCCAAAAGAAAUAUACUAGAAUAUCCAUGUUGAGAAUGAAGGAAGAGCUAAACGAUCUUUCGAUGACCGACAGUCAUCACGCGCACGAAUACUUUGUGGUUAAUAGCUUCAGGAUAUUCUAUAAUUUGGAAUUAUCAUCAUCUUCAAUUACAGAAACAUCAAACAAUGUUGAGAAUUUUCAAGGUUAUUCGGUGCCCAGUCAAUUAAUACCGCUGAAGAUUGAGACUGUAAACGAUUUUCUCAGCGAGUUAAAUCAGAUGGCUGUUUUUCCGAAGAACGGUAUUUCUGACAAGGAUUACAACGAUUUCAUGAUGAAAAACGAAGAAUUAACUAGAGCAAUUAACUGGAAUUAUGUCGAUGCAAUAUAUAAAUUUGUCCAGGAGAAGAAAGAAAUCGGCGUCUGUUCACAGGAGUUGCUGGAUAAGUUCUUCAAUGAGCAAGGAGAAGACUUGUAUAACAUCGUUUCGCUUUUAACAAAAAAUCGUAUAUUUUUACGCUCUGGUGUUACUAAACCACGGUAUAUUCAUCAUAGUUAUCUGGAUCCUUGGCUAAUUAAUUCCUGCAAAAUACAUCGUCUUGAACAAGAAUCCUUAAUACCAUUUAAGGAUAGUAUAUAUUCCACAAUGCAUCAGGGGAAAAUAGUUGAAACAAACGCUGAGAUGGAUGCAAAAGAUAUAAAUAUCCACGAUAAAAAAGAUGCAAAUCAAAAAUGCGAAACAGAUAAUAUGAUAGCAUCAACAUCAUCGGACAACCAAGAUAGCAAAGAGAAGAAAAACGAGAAAACGGACAAUGAUAUAAUUAAUGAGAACGAUGAUAAAAAGGAAGGUAGCGAGAUUAACGAGGAAAGCCAUUUACGUACAAGAAAAAGAACGCAUAAGCAAAGGAUACGUUUACUUCCACAAAAGGAUAUAUAUAAAUCAGCGCAGCAAUUAGAUUUCACCAAUUUUGAGGAAAUAAAAGUUGCGAUAAGACCAUGGAUACGUAUAGAUGGUGUACUAAAUCGCAAAGUUUUAGAUCGAAUGUUAGGUGCAGUCCUGAAUUAUUGCAUGCUUCAUCCUGGGCUCACAAUGGCGAAAAUUCAAAACAAAUUUAUUCCCGUUCUACAACCCUAUCAUACACGUGAAUUAGUUGAGAUGCUAAUCAGAUUGGGCUGUUUAGAGAGUAAGCUCUUGAAGAAAACGCGCGUUACUUUGUUCUCUGCACCACCUACAGUUAACAUUAAUAAUCUAACUACAGAUACCGUUGGUUGGUCCAUUGAAGAUGAAAUAAUACUUGAACCUGCCAUAGACGCUAUAUUGAAAUUCAGUAUACUCUUGAGUACAUAAUACGAGAACAUGUAACACAGAUUUUAUGCCGUAAUUAUGUAUUUUGUAAUAUACAUAUAUAUACCAUACAUUCAAGGUCCUCAAAAGUCCGGAAACAGUUGAAUAUCUCGAAAACAAAGUAUUUUUAAGAAAAAUAUUUCAGGAAAAAAUUAUAGGGUUUAAAAUGAUGUAUUUACUGAUCUGGUGUAAAUCCAAUCAGGCAAACCUCCAUGUGGUAUACCUUGGGUAAUGCUAAUGCCGGUGAUACUAUAACUUUCAAGCUGAAGUUCAAGUUUUAUUUACUUAAAAUGCUGAACAAAAAACAAUUUUAUUGUAGUGUUUUGAAAAGCUCUUGACACCCCCCGACUAUUAUAUUUUUGUUUGAAAUAUUUUUUUCAAAAAUGCUUUGUUUUCAACCGUUUCUGGACUUUUUGAGGACCUUAUGUUUCUAUCGCGUAUGUACAUGUGUAUUGUAUAAAUCUAUAAAUGCAUGAGUUAGAUGGAAACGUACUAGUCAUCUAUACAUCUAUUGUAUAACUGCAUUCAGUUUGGACGCUCUCAGCGCUUGUAUCCUUGUUUUGCGUCUAAUAAAUAAAUAUAUCUGAUAAAGACAGAAUGAUGGUUAUAAGCGCUUAAAGCGUGCGAGCAUUUACGCGAAGCUUAUCUGCUAUGUAUAAUAUUAUUAUAAUAUA